CUCAUAUUUAUAAUGAAAAAAUCGAGCGAUCUAACUAUUGUAAUUUUAUUCAUUAAAACUUCAUAGAAAACUACAAACGAAUCAGAAUCACGUAGAUUUACAGGAUUCAACCUCAAAACCCCAUUGCAUACUCCUUUUAAUCGCACACACAUUCGAUAUCCAAUUAAAGAGUAUUUUCCUAAUAAAUAAUACACUCAACAUACACAACAUACAUCUAUUCAAAAUACUUAACCAAGUAUUAAGUCACCUCCUAAUUCUAAGCCUAUAAGUUUAGCUAAUGCUUGUAUAAACUUUUAUUUUAUUUAGUAUCUCUAAUUUCCAAAGAUGAAACUAAUCCUACUAGUAGACGAAAUAGUCGUAGAUUACAUACAAAUCAAUUAAAGAACAUUUUAGCAUAAGAAAAGGUUUCCCUUGAUAAUGUUCGUAAUUAAUUUGUAUUAAUUCUAAGGAUUCAGCACUUAAUUCUAAAAUCCUUAACCUAUUAUUCAAUUAUUCACAUCACAUAACUCACCCAAAAAGAGCUUGAAAACUAGUCCUGAUACUAAACACCCUAUAAUUCAUGAGCCAUUGAAAAACCGUAUAUCACAAAAAUUAUCUGGACAUAUGUAUGAGAGGUUAGAUUAAAUUCCUUAAAUUACUUCUGACUCUGUUAAAUAGAGAAUUUCAACUUUAAAAUAAAAAUUAAGGGGAAAUAUUUAGUAGAGAUAUUAUAAAUUCAAUAAUAAUUUUACAAUUCAAAAUGCAAAUUCAUUUAAGGAAGAUAUUGAAUAUAAAUUCACAAAACCCUCUAAACCUUAAUUACCUCAACAACCCUAAGUUGUCUUAGAACAUUAUCAAUCCUAAUUGACUGAGUAUGAAAAGAAUGAAAUUAAAGAUUUUGAUAUUAUCUAUUACUUAAGACCUGAAAAUGUAGUAUUACCACAAGAAAUGGAGUAUAAUUUUGGAUUUGAUACAGAAAAGUAUUACUAUUAUAUAUUAUUUAAUAGAGGAGAUUAUAUAUUCAGAUAAAACGAUCAUAUAGUUUAUCGUUAUGAAAUGUUAGAAUAAUUAGGACAUGGAAGUUUUGGAUAUGUGUUUAAAGUUAUGGAUCAUAAGCAUUAAUAAAAUGUUGCUAUAAAAGUUAUAAAAAAUAAAGAAAAGUUUUAAAAAUAGGCAUUUAUUGAAAUUGAAAUCUUGAAAGUUGUUAAUAAAGCUGAUAAUAGUUGUUGUUUAAUAAAGAUGCUUAAUUAUUUUGUAUUUCGUAAUCAUGUAGUAUGAUAAUCAUCAUUAUUA